GAGUUGCUGUUGCCGUUUAAGUAGCAAAGUGUAACUUGCGGUGCUGUUCCUGGCUAGAUUACUUCAUUUUGCCGCUUUAAAAGAAAAAAUUGGUUUCGAUAUGACAGAUAAAAAGGAGAAAAUGAUGGACCUUGACAAAACAACAGAAGUUUUAAGUUUGAAAAAAAUUAACGAUGGAAAGGAAAUUAACGAUCUGAAUUUGAAAGCCCAGCACCCCUUUGAAGUAAUGUUGUACGUAAACCACUUUAAGUCUUCUGAAAUAAAAGUAGGAGUUGAUGGAAGAGUAGUCAUUGUGAAUGGUCAUCAUGAAGCUCGUACUGAUGCACAUGGAUUUAUCCGUCGAAAAUUUUCUUGCAAGUAUAAUUUGCCUAAAGACGUUAAGCCUGAAAAUUUACUUGCAAAUUUUACUGAAGACUGCAUCUUCACUAUCAAAGCUUACGACGAAAAGGAAUACAUGAAGCAUGAUGAUGAAAAUUUCGAUAUGACAGAUAAAAAGGAAAAAAUAUUGGACGGUGACAAAAAAACGGUAAAAACCCAGCACCCAUUCGAAGAAAGGUUGUACAUAAACCACUUUAAGUCUUCUGAAAUAAAUGUAGGAGUUUAUGGAAGAACAGUCAUUGUGAAUGGUCAUCAUGAAGCUCGUACUGAUACACAUGGAUUUAUCCGUCGAAAAUUUUCUCGCAAGUAUAAUUUGCCUGAAGCCGUUGAGCCUGAAAAUUUACUUGCAAUUUUUAAUGAAAACGGCAUCCUCACUAUCCAAGCUUACGAUGAAAAGGAAUACAAGAAGCACGAGGAUGAAAACUUUGAUGAACGAAGAAACCCUUUCGAGACUAAGGAAUUCAAAGAUGGGAAGAUGUUCUCACAGAAGUAUAAAGGUUUGAAAAACGAUGAAGUGAAAUUCAUUGGCGGAGUUACGCAGCUGCUCGAAAAGAAACAAUCCAUUGAGGAUCAGGAAACUAAGCCGGCCAAAGUCAAACCCUGCGUUACGGAUCUGGCCUCGAAGAGCGAUAAGUCGAAGCAGACACCCACCGCGGGUCAGGCUGAAAUAAAGACCCCCGCUACUGUUUAUUCUCCGAAGCUCGACGAAGUGAAGAAAGCUUCCGAUGCCGUUAAAGAUCCGAAGUCCGUCGUUGCGAAGCAGACUCCCGCCUCUGGUCUUUCCCCGAAAUCCGUCGUUGCGAAGCAGACUCCCGCCUCUGGUCUUUCCCCGAAAUCCGUCGUUGCGAAGCAGACUCCCGCCUCUGGUCUUUCCCCGAAAUCUGUCCAAACGAAGCAGACUCCCGCCUCGGGUCUUUCCCCGAAGUCUGUCCAAACGAAGCAGACUCCUGCCUCGUGUCUUUCCCCGAAGUCUGUCCAAACGAAGCAGACUCCUGCCUCGUGUCUUUCUCCGAAGUCCGUCCAAACGAAGCAGGCUCCUGCGUCUGGAGUUUCUUCGAAGUCCGUCCAAGGGAAGCAGACUGCCACCGCAGGUCAGGCUGAAGUAAAAUCUCUUGCAGCUGUUAAGUCUCCGAAGCCCGUCCGCGUGAUGAAGACUUCUGUCUUGGUUAAGGAUCCGAAGUCCAUUGAAAUGAAGAAGCCGGUCGGUGAGGGUCAAGCCUCAAAACCUGGCGAAAUGAGGCUCUGCAAGAUGCAAGCCUCAACGUCCGAUGACGGGAAACCAACCAGUACGAGUCAGGCCUCAAAGUCCCGUAGGAAGUCCGAUGAGAAGUCACCCAAGUCGACCACUGGGCAUGAAGAAAGGUGAAAAUUCUAGACCGUGAAGGCCAGGUGAGGAAAAGGCUGUCAACUAGUAGUAAAUGUAAGUCAAGUAAAUGUGUAAGACCCCUAAAAAACCUUGGAUAUUAUAACAUAUCUAACUUAUGAUAGCUAGCUGCUGUUAAUUCUGUUAAUAUUGGGAAAUAACGAAAUCUGCAUUUUCAUGUAAAACAUUUGUUUAUUGAAAUUAAGCGGUUACUGAAUAUUGUUGCUAUUCCCAUUUUUAAUUUCUUCUUUCUUAUAAGUUAAAGUAAUAAAUCGGAUUCUAAAUUCUCUUUGUAAUACAGUAAUUAAGUAUACAUCAAAAUGUUAGUCAUAACACUCUCCGCUUCCCGACAACUGAUUUGAAAGGAGGGAAAGAAAGACAAAAAUCUUGGUUUUAAAGUGGCAUGUAAAA